AUGAAGAAUGCAAAAACGUGGCGGUUUUGUCAGUCUGAAGCUGAAUUGGUCAAAACUAAAACCAACUGUGAAGCACCAAAUGGUUACAACGAUGAUUCGUUAGUUUUGGAAUAUGAUACAAGCAAGAGGAAAAGAAAAGCACAAGCCCUAAUUGAUUUAGGUGUGGACAGUGGGGCAUCAAAAAGACAGAAGAAAAAUACACGUUUGUCACAGGAAAGUGUGAUAAUGGAGGAAACUACAGAGCCUCCAGUUUCCCUCAAAAAGAAGAAAAAGAAGAAAUAUGUCAAUCAGAGUGAGGUUGAGGAACAGUUGUCCCCAGUUGAGCUCGUAGCAGGUGAAGAAAAUAGAAAAAGGAAGAAACAUAAGAAGAAAAGAAAAGAAAAUGGAUGUGAGCAACAAAAAAGUGAAAUAAAUGUACAGUCUGAUGAACUACAUGAUCACAUUCAAAUUGAAGCACGCUCUGAAGAAGAUACAAAAAGGCACAAACGUAAAAAGAAAAAGAAUGUGGUUGAAGAACAGUUCCCUCCAGUUGAGCUUGAAGCACGUGAAGAAAAUAGAAAACAGAAGAAACACAAGAAGAAAGGAAAAGAAAAUGGAUGUGAACAACAAAAAAGUGAAAUAAAUGUACAGUCUGAUGAACUACAUGAUCACAUUCAAAUUGAAGCACACUCUGAAGAAGAUACAAAAAGGCACAAACGUAAAAAGAAAAAGAAUGUGGUUGAAGAACAGUUGCCCCCAGUUGAGCUUGAAGCACGUGAAGAAAAUAGAAAAAAGAAGAAACACAUGAAGAAAAGAAAAGAAAAUGGAUGUGAACAACAAGAAAGUGAGAUAAAUGUACAGUCUGAUGAACUAGAUGAUCACAUUCAAAUUGAAGCACACUCUGAAGAAGAUACAAAAAGGCACAAACGUAAAAAGAAAAAGAAUGAAGUUCAGGAACAAUCGCCCUCAGAUGAGCUUGAAGCACGUGAAGAAAAUAGAAAACAGAAGAAACACAAGAAGAAAGGAAAAGAAAAUGGAUGUGAGCAACAAGAAAGUGAGAUGAAUGUACAGUCUGAUGAGCUAGAUGAUCACAUUCAAAUUGAAGCACACUCUGAAGAAGAUACAAAAAGGCACAAACGUAAAAAGAAAAAGAAUGAAGUCGAGGAACAAUCGCCCUCAGAUGAGCUUGAAGCACGUGAAGAAAAUAGAAAACAGAAGAAACACAAGAAGAAAGAAAAAGAAAAUGGAUGUGAGCAACAAGAAAGUGAGAUAAAUGUACAGUCGGAUGAGCUAGAUGAUCACAUUCAAAUUGAAGCACACUCUGAAGAAGAUACAAAAAGGCACAAACGUACAAAGAAAAAGAGUGAGGUUGAGGAACAGUUCCCUCCAGUUGAGCUUGAAGCACGUGAAGAAAACAGAAAACAGAAGAAACACAAGAAGAAAGGAAAAGAAAAUGGAUGUGAGCAACAAGAAAGUGAGAUAAAUGUACCGUCUGAUGAACUAGAUGAUCAGAUCCAAAUUGAAGCACACUCUGAAGAAGAUACAAAAAGGCACAAACUUAAAACGAAAAAAUAUGAAGAUGAUCAGAUUGCAGACUGUAAAACAUUCAAAAUCAAAAUUGAAGUACCACAACAGGAAUGUCAUGCGUUAGUUGCACCUAAAAAAAAGAAAAACAAAGACAAAAACGAACAUGAAAUGAUCAAAGAACAAUUUCCAAUAGGCGAAACUAACGUCAGUUCCAAAGAAAACGAAAAUCAUAAAGAAACUGAAAAUAAUAAAAAACAGAAACGUAAGACUACACGAAGUAAAAUAAAGGAAGAGAAAACUGAAAGAGGACGAAAAGGCAACAGUCUAAAGCAAGAAAACACAAAGUGGAGUGUCGUUUUUUCUCAUUAUAAUUUUGACAGCGAUAAUGAGGACCUAUUAAAAGAAGAGGUUGCUUGGUUGGAAGCACGGGCGGAGGAAAUAAAAGAAAAAAAUCGAUUAAGUAGUGCAGAAGAAAAGAAAUUUAGUGAAUUAAGAAUAACUGUUCCAUGGCCAGUUCCUCCUCUUCAUAUGAUAGAAACCAGAAUAACCAUGAGACCAAAUGAACAACAGAAAAGGGCUAUAGAAGAACUGGGGGUACCAAUUAAGUCAGCGACUUAUUAUAGUAAGAUCGAAGAUGAGCAGAUUACCAAAAACUGGAAACAUUUUUGCAAGAUGCACGAUCUCCCCGAAGACCCCAAACCCUUCCACAACACGGUGAAUCCUGACGGUCACGUAAUCAUUUCAGUGCCGGAAAGGCUCAAUUUCGUUCGAUUUUUAGCUCACAACCUAGAGGACCGUCUUCUGUGUUCAGUGUACAAGAGAUUUCGCCGGUUAUUCCCCCAGCAACAACAGAAAACCGGAAUUCGAUUUACGCCAGAAGAGGACUCCAAAAUCGUCAAAUACCUAGCAAAAUCGUCGAGCAGGACACCGUGUGCAGACUUGGGGGCUUUACUGGGCCGAAAUAAGGACUCCAUAGAAAAAAGGGCUCGCAUUCUCAGGGAGGAGGCCAGUUUUGGAAACCUUGAUGUUAAAUGGAACACGGACAGGAUUCAAGAGUUUAUAAAUCACGCUGUGAAGGUCACCCAAGUGAAGAAAGUGAAGCAUCUGAAAAAACGGGAAAUCACGACCAAAGAAUGGCGCUUUUUAGAGAAGAAAUUGGGCAUCCCAGUGCGUAAGCUACAGAAAGGGUGGGCAUGCCGGAUUUACCCAAUGUUGUUUGCCAAAGCCCACGCGAGUACCAAGCAAGUAAAAGAGAGUCUCAUAAGGCUACUACUACAGAGGGGUGAACGUGAUUUCAAAACACUCGACUGGAAUUUAAUUCAGAAGGAACUGGGUAAAGACGGUCAGGGUUUCACAGGGAGAGGUCUCCACGAAUUGCUACAAGGCAUGAUUUAUCAUUGUGUUCCGGUUGGGACACGAAACGACGCAAAAGCGUGUUUAGAGUAUCUGCAACAAAUUUUAAAAAAUGGGGGUCUGAGAGGCCGCAAAAUAAGAAAGAUAAAUGUGAAUGACAAGAACGAGAUACUCACGCAAUGA